AUGGGUUCGUUGCCACCGGCUUUACUUGCUCGUCUUCAGAAACGAGGGAUUGUGAGAGCUGCCAAUGAGGAAGUUAUUGCUGAAAGUUAUGAUUCUGCCGACGCUAAAGAGAAGAAGGCUAAUGAGGUGAAUUCGUCGGGUGCUCCUGGUUGUCCUAACAAGUAUAAUCCGUAUCAUCUAUGCUCCGAGUUUUGCUAUGAUCAUUGGAGGGAAGGGACUCCGGAAAACAGACUGUCUGAGUCGUACCUCCGCAAGCGUCGCCGAAUGCUUGCAAAAUUUCCACUUCCUGAGCCAUGGGUUGAAGUUUAUGAUGCGGGCAUAGCGAGAUACUAUUAUUGGAAUCAAGAUACUGAUGAGGUUUGUUGGGUUUCUCCUCGGCAUCCAAUCGCAGUUAUUGGUGAAGCAGCGCCUCGUGUAGCGAAAGAUUUGAAAGAAAGGAUGGAGGGAGCUAAUGUUGUCGAAAGCCAUGAAAAGCGAAAUGAUCAAUCUAAGCCUCUAAAAUCAGCUCUUUCGAAGAAAAAGAGGCGUAACUCUGACGAUUCUGACGGCAACCGAGGGGAAGAAAGUGAUGACGAUCCAUCCAAGCUUGAAGACAUGAGCGAUAGGGACCGACUUAAACGUGCACGACGUAAGGGAAUUGAUCCCAUGGACCCUGCAGCCUACGGGGAUGUUGCUGUAGGGAAGUGGUCAUCGGGGCUCCAUGCUCAUGAUAAGACGGGCGCCGACGUCACUGCUAGUGGGCCACUUUUCCAGCAACGUCCUUAUCCUGCCCCCGGAGCUGUCCUGAGGCAGCAGAAGAAGAAAGAUGAUAUUGAAGAGGAAUGA